AGGGGGCGGACUCCCGGCGGGAGGUUGGCGAAGAUGGCGGGUGUGGAGCUGCGCUUUGGAGCUGGUUCCGGGCAAUCGGAGCCCCCCAGUCGGCCGCUGCUGAUCGUGGGGCAGCUGGGCAACCUGCAGAAGCUGCGCUGGGAGGAGAUCAGCGGGAAGCUGCUGCCCCAAGUGACGGAGGAGGCUUGGCAGACAGCACUGGGCACUCUGAAUCCCAACCCCACAGACAACUGCCCCCUGUACCUGACUUAUGCCACAGUUGCUGCCCUCCCCUCUCGAGUCAGUCGCCAUAACAGCCCAUCAGCAGCGACAUUCCUCACCCGCCUGGUGCGAAGCUGUCUGCCUGGAGGAGUCAAUCGCUGCAUUUUGAUGGUAUGUGAGCGCUCUGACGUUUUUGCUUCUGGUUGUGCGAUUGCAAGGGCGUUCCCGCUCUUUUCCCGCCGAUCCAGUGCCUCGAGGCGCACAGACAAACGCGUGGUCACAGUGGAAUUCCUGCUGGUUGGACAGAAUAACGGCCCAGUUGAAGAAACAACACUCGAGUGUCUAGCGAGUGCUGCUGAUGGAAUCCGCCUGGCAGCUCGAAUAGUGGACACGCCCUGCAAUGAAAUGAACACCGACACUUUUCUUGAGGAAAUAAAGAUGGUUGGGAAUGCACUGGGAAUUGUUCCAACCAUUAUCCGGGGUGAGGAGCUGAAGGAACAAGGAUUUGGAGGUAUAUAUGGCGUUGGGAAGGCAGCAGUAUAUCCGCCUGCACUUGCAGUUCUCAGUUAUUCACCGGAGGGUGCUACACAGACCAUCGCCUGGGUCGGCAAAGGCAUUGUAUAUGAUACAGGAGGCUUGAGCAUUAAAGGGAAGACCACCAUGCCAGGAAUGAAGAGAGAUUGUGGAGGAGCUGCUGCUAUUCUUGGGGCUUUCAAGGCUGCUGUGAAACAAGGGUUUAAGGACAAUCUGCAUGCUGUAUUCUGCCUGGCUGAAAAUGCUGUUGGACCCAGAGCAACCAGACCUGACGAUAUUCAUCAAAUGUACUCUGGAAAGACGGUUGAGAUUAAUAAUACUGAUGCUGAGGGCCGCUUGGUGCUGGCGGAUGGAGUAGCUUAUGCAUCUAAAGAUCUGGGGGCAGACAUCAUCCUUGAUAUGGCUACACUUACUGGAGCGCAGGGUAUAUGUACAGGGAAAUACCAUGCUGCAGUCUUGAGCAACACUGAAGAGUGGGAGAUGGCCUGUGUUAAGGCUGGUCGGAGUAGCGGGGACCUUGCCCAUCCUCUUGUCUACUGUCCUGAACUGCACUUCAGUGAGUUCACCUCUGCUGUGGCUGAUAUGAAGAAUUCUGUUGCUGAUCGUGACAAUGCUCAAAGUUCCUGUGCAGGUCUCUUUAUUGGUGCCCACAUUGGAUUCGACUGGCCUGGAGUGUGGGUCCAUGUUGACAUUGCUUCCCCUGUGCACACAGGCGAGCGAGCAACUGGCUUUGGUGUGGCUUUCCUGCUGGCUCUGUUCGGCCGUGCUUCCAAAGACACCAUGCUGAACCUGGUGUCUCCGCUUGGCGCUGGCACAGACCAACAGGAUGCGAUGAACGAGGGUGAUGGCAGCUUGUCCAAGCGUAGAAGGCUGGUGUAAGGAAGGAGGAAGCUGUGCACACUGUCACAUCACUGAUGUAAUGAAUCAAUCAAUCAGCAGUCCAACCAUCCAGGUAUAAUUGGUCUCGUACGUAAGUGGGUGCCCUGCUCUUCUUAAGGACAUGGUUGGCUUGUCACUGUGAGAGAGCUCACAAGUGGCAAUAGCCAGAGGCUCAAACCUCAUGCCAGAGCAUCACUGAUGUCCACCAUUACUUCAGAUACCAACUUUAAGACAUCCCUUGAGUCCAAGUCUGUUCAAAAUGUAUCGAUUUGCAUAAACUCUCACUCUAUUUCCCCUCUCUGGCAGCAUUGUCAAAAAUAGCAAAAUUAAAUCCAAAGAGGAUCAUUGCCAUCAAACGACCAGGAGAGUGGGCACACACAUUGCCCCUGCUGUACUGAGACCACCACACCCUCCCCCCAAAAUGAAGCAAUGAAAAUUGCUAUACCAAAUGUUUGAUUCUUUUAUAAUACACUCUCUGUUUGAUUGAAUGUAUUGAACGGAUUGAAAUGACUGAUCUUAUUAAAUCCUUUUGCACAAGU